AGGGUUAGAGCAAAAAAAUACUGUAGUAUACCAUGUGAUGUAGUUCUUAAUAAACAUUAGUCUUUUUUACUUAAAAAAAUAAUAACGUUAGUACUUUGGAACAAAAAUAUGCAACUUGUACGUGGCUUUCUCGGUAGAAAAAUUUGCAGUUCUCUUUUGGAUGUGUCAAAACAAAUUUUCUACGUACAAAAUGCAACUUAUGUCAGACUGACAGAAGUUGGUAAAUUGGAAACGCCAAAACUACAAGGAAAAUAUGAAACAGGACAGCUAAUUUUACACAGGGUUUUUGGUUAUCGUGGAGUUAUUCUUUUCCCAUGGCUGGCAAGAGUUUAUGACAGAGAUAUACCAAGCAGAAAAGAAGGAAACGAGGGAGGGAAUUUCAAUAGUGUUGGUAAGGAAGUUAAAGGCAGAACUCACACAUUUUAUCAAGUUUUGAUAGAUCAACGAGAUUGUCCACACAUUCGAGCACAAACUGAGGCGGUAACAUUUUUGGGUAAUCAAGAAGGUAGUCGUAGUUUAUACGCAAUACCUGGUUUGGAUUAUGUUGCACAUGAAGAUAUCUUGCCAUACACAACAAAUGAAAAACCCGCACUUCAACAUGAAUUAAUUGACAAAUUUUUAGUUUAUGAUCCUAAUAAGGAUCCACCUUUUAUUGCUCAAGAUACAUUGCGAGCUUGGCAAAAGAAAAAUCAUCCCUGGCUUGAACUUUCAGAUGUUCACAAGGAAACAACUGAAAAUAUUCGUGUCACUGUAAUUCCCUUUUAUAUGGGAUGUAGAGAGAGUCAAACUACCUCCGUUUAUUGGUGGCGAUAUUGUAUUCGACUUGAAAAUCUUGGAGAUUUAAGUGUUCAGUUACGUGAAAGACAUUGGAGGAUAUUUAGUUUGUCUGGUACAUUGGAAACAGUUCGAGGACGAGGAGUUGUGGGUCAGGAACCUGUACUUUCAAAAACUUUGCCUGCUUUUCAAUACAGCAGUCAUGUCAGUUUGCAAGCACCAAGUGGUCAUAUGUGGGGAACUUUUAGAAUGGAACGUGAAGAUGGAUAUGCAUUCGACUGUAGAAUUCCACCUUUUUCUUUAGAAUCCAAAAUGGAUGAAACGUCCAACUCAAAUACAAAUUCGUGAAAAUGUUUUAAAUAUCUGUUUUUAAAAAGAAAAGAAACAGAUUUAAACACAAAAAAAAAAAAAAAAAAAAAAAAAAAGUGAUACUUGAACUCCUCCCAGAAAUAAAUAAUUACAAGCUUUCGUAAUUUACUUUGUACAUAAUUUAUUUUUUAGAUUUAAGUAAAAAAAAAAAAAAAAAAACUCGGUCAUGUGUACCAUUGUGAAUAGGAAAUAAAAAAUAUUCUGUAAUAUUCAUUCUAUAAAAAUAA